AUGCUGGAAUGGAGUGUCCCUCCUAUCCCUCCCGUUAGAGCAUCCGCCUUGUGCGGGGCCAUAGAGCAGCAGCCAUGGAGGGGGGGAUUGGAGCCAUAUGGGGAGCACGACUACACGCUCUCCCCCUCCAACCCCGCGCACGUCAUCGGGACGAUACCAGAGGCGCUGCAGGGCACGCUGUACCGCUGUGGGCCGGGGCGGAUUCGCGUGUGCCGGGGGGAGGGACUGGAGCCGUGUGGGGAGCACGACUACACCCUCUUGAGUCACCGCAAAUGUCACAUCUCCCUCCCCUCCCUGACUCUUCUCUCUCCCACGUCUCAGGCCAUAGAGCAGCAGCCAUGGAGGGGGGGGUUGGAGCCGUGUGGGGAGCACGACUACACACUCUCCCCCUCCAACCCCGCGCACAUCACCGGGAGGAUACCAGAGGCGCUGCAGGGCACGCUGUACCGCUGUGGACCGGGGCGGAUUCGUGUGGGCGGGACCAAGUUCGGUCACUGGUUCGAUGGCGAUGGCAUGGUCUACGCCUUGCAUCUGGACGGCCCAAACGGUACAGCAAGGUUUGUCUGCAAGUGGGUGCGCACAUCAGCCCUGGAGCAGCGGGGAGGACCAGAGUUGGAAGCAGGGGAGGGGAAGGGGGAGGACACGGGGAUACGCGUGAAGGGUGCGUGGACACAGGCCACUGCUGGAGGACUGCUCAAGAACGUUGGGCUGCCUGCUAACCCCGUCAACACCAGAGGCAGCAGGGAGGGGAAGGGGAAGAGCACGGGGAUACGCGUGAAGGGUGCGUGGACACAGGCCACAGGUGGAGGGCCGCUCAAGAAUGUUGGGCUGCCUGCUAACCCCGUCAACACCAGCAUCACCCACUUUGCAGGCAAGCUGCUGGCUCUGUGUCAUCAUCCACUCCACUUUGCAGGAAAGCUGCUGGCGCUGUGUGAGGGCGGCCCGCCAUUCCUCCUGAACCCACUCCUGCUGUCUCUCUCCCCCGCUUACCUCUCCUCCCACCCCCCCACCAGCAUCAUCCACUUUGCAGGAAAGCUGCUGGCUCUGUGUGAGGGCGGCCCACCAUUCCUCCUGGACGCACAGUCACUGAGCACAGUCGGCCCCUACUCCUUCCCCAACCUCGCUCUGCCCUUCUUCUCCGCCCACCCCAAGCUCGACCCCGCCACUGGAGUGGAGGUGAGCGGGAAGCAGGCGAGCAAGCAGUUGGAUUUGGAGGGUGGGCGACUCUCCUUCCCCGACCUGCCUUUCUUCUCUGCGCAUCCCAACCCCCACCUCUCCCCAACCAUCCCCCCUGACCUGCCCGCCUCGGCUCUACCUCCUCCCUCUCCACAACCACAGCUGUACAGUGUGCCCACUCCCCAAUUCCCCCUCUCUCGCACAUCCCUCCACCAGAGCU